CUUCUUCUCACUGUAGCUCCCGAAAUCCCCCCUCCAAGCCGCCGGCACCAGCUUUGAAAAAUUGGUGAGAAAGCUUGGAAUAUCUCCUUCUUUCUUGUCCAAGAACCUGACUUGGAAACCAGAAAUCUUUCGCCUUUGCUAGAAAUUCCAGAUCUGCCUUGCUCUGCUUGUCUUCAUCGCCGGCUGCUAGUGGGUAUGGGUGAUUUCUGGGCAUUUUUUCGUUCCCGUGAGCUUCCCCUGCACAUGCUGCCGGCCUUCCCCCUGCAGCUCCGGUUUCUACAGCUGGAGAAUUAUGGUUUCCGAUCGUUCUGUCAGUUAGCAUUGAGAUUGAGUGCUCGGUUUUAUGCGAGUGAGGUAAGUAAAUUUAUGGUAAUGCCCGUACAAUUUUUAAAAGCAUGUUUUGAUUUGUUUUUGAAGUGGUGGCGGGACUAAACCCAUUUUAUACAGAAAUGAGCAUGAUUGAUUUGAAAUGAGAUUUUGAUGUUUUCAUUAAAUUGAGCAUGCCUACUUGGAAAUUUAAGUGAUUGUUCUGAUGAUCUGAAAGUGAUUGGUAAAGCAUGAUUUUUCUGUUAACCUUUGCCUGUUUUGUCUCCGAUGUGGUCAUGUUAUUAGUGACCCUGCUAGUGGGGGAGUUUAUAAACGCUAGCACAUGUUAGCACAUGUCGAUAUGUUUCUGUAAUCCUGCUAGUGGGAGUUAAACGCUAACACAUGUCGGCACAUGUCAAUAUGUUAUUAGUGACCCUGCUAGUGGGGGAGGUUAUAAACGCUAGCACAUGUCGACAUGUUAUUGAUAAAACCGGUUCGUGAGUGACCCUGCUAGUGGGGGUUAUACACCAGCAAACAGUGACCCUGCUUGUGGGGAUUAUACACCAGCAAACAGUGCGCCUGCCAGUGGGUGUUAGAUGCUGGCCGUGACCUAUAGAGGAGACGUCUAUUUCGUUCUCGUAUUGUAUCCGUUUUUCGUGAGUGCACAUGUUGGCAUGCUAUAAGUUUAAUUAAGGGCACUCCAUAUUUACUUACUGAGUUAUCUCAUAGUUUUCCUUGUCCACCAUUUUAGGAAGCGAAACCGAGGACGUGGAAACCACGGGAAGUGACGAGUUAGAAAGCUAACCAUUUCGAGAUUGAUAUAGAUUUUAGAAAUAAAUCGUGAUUUUGUAAGCUAGAGUGUAUUCGGAGAUUUAUAAUAUCGGAGAAAUUUUAAAGAUUUGAUCUUCAUAUUUUUGUGGUAUCAGAUUGUGAUAUGAUAAGUUCCGAGUCUUGUGCAUUUGUGAGACUCUUUUAUGAGUGCACGACGUCUGUCACGCCUCG